AUGCCGUCGCUUCUCGUUAUUACCCUCUUAAUCGUUGCACCGGUCGCGUGCCUGGCCGUCACGCGCCCGUCGGACAUAGAGGCGCUCCUCUCGUUUAGAAAGGCUCUAAAAAAUCCCGCGCCGCUUAAGUGGCCCGAAUCGGGCGAUCCGUGCGAAGACAGCUGGGAGCACCUUUCAUGCAGCCGCGACCCGUCUUCCGACUAUCACGUCGUUUCCGGCAUGCUCCUGCCGCAACUCGCUCUCGGCGGCAAGCUCGCGCCGGCCAUCGCGAACUUGACGGACCUACGCGCCGUGUUUCUGGGCGAAAACGGCUUCACGGGGCCGGUGCCGGCGGAGCUGGGGCGGCUGGAGAAGCUGGAGAAGAUGGGGCUAGACCACAACCUGUUCACGGCCAUUCCUGUUAAUCUCUUCGAGAACAUGACGAACCUGCAGGCCGUGUACCUGCUCUCUAACGACUACCAGGGCCAGCCCUUGCCGGACUUCUCGAAGAACGCGGCCCUCGAGGUCAUGGAGCUCACCGAGUGCGGUUUCUCCGGUCCGUUGCCUGCGUACAUCGGCCGCAUGGCGUCGCUGGUAAAUCUCAGCCUGGCGCACAACCAGUUCGCUGGCGAGAUCCCCCCCGAUAUGUUCGGCGCGGGCCAGGCUAGCCUGCAGUCGGUGCGGCUGAACAACAACCAGAUCAAGGGGCCCAUUCCCGAGGGCCUCGGCCAGGUGCCGCUGCUCUCGGAGCUAUGGCUGCACGGUAACCUGCUCUCGGGCGCCAUUCCCGACUCGUUGGGCGGGCCGCUGUCGCUGCUGCAGUCGGUGAAGCUGUACGAGAACGAGCUGACGGGCAUGGUGCCCAAGACGCUGGGCGACACGCCCAACCUGCGCGACCUGCAGGUGCAGAAGAACCAGCUCGUGGGGCCCAUCUGGCGCUUCAUGAAGCAAUUCGGCAACAAGAGCUACAGCCCCAACGGCUUCUGCGGCGCCAAGCCCGGCGACAAGUGCCCGCGGGAGACGAUGGCGCUGCUGGAGUUGCUCAAGGCCGUGCAGUACCCGCCCGUGCUCGUCGCGUCGUGGAAAGGGUCGUCGCCGUGCGGCGCCGCCGACCAGGUUUCGUCGUGGGUGGGCGUGGGGUGCUCGGCGCGCGGCAAGGUGCGCAGCAUAACGCUGGCCAGACAGGGUCUCAACGGCACGCUCUCGCCGUCGGUGGGGAAGCUCCUGUCGCUCGAGAUGCUGCAGGUGCCCGGCAACAACCUCACUGGACCCGUGCCGCCCCAGCUCGCCGCGUUGCCAGCGCUAAAAGCGAUCAACCUGGCGAACAACAGCUUCACGGGCGACCUGCCCCAGUUCGCGCCGGGAGUCACGGUGCUCUCCAUGGGCAACCAAUUCACUGUUGCCGAACCGCCCGCGGCGCCGCCAUCCGAGCCGCCAGUCGUUCCGCCCGCUGCGCCUCCCUCUCUGCCUUCAGUGCCGAAGCCCCCCGUUGUGGUGCCGCCGGUGGUGGUGCCGCCAGUAGUGGUGCCCAAGCCCAAGGUGCAGCCGCCUGUGCUCGCUCCGAAGCCCAAAGUGCCGCCCGUCGUCGUCGUCAAGACUUCUCCACGCAAGCCGCACGUGCCGCGUCGGCCGCACAACCCUAAGAGCCCCGUGUUUCAGCUCACCGUGCCUCUCUCCCCAAACCCCGUUCCCCGCAGCGUCCGUGCCAGUCAAUAUGACCGCACCGCCGUCUCUCCCGUUAACGCCUCCGCCGCAACAGCCAAUACAGAACCCCGCUAUUCUUUCCCCCUCCUUCCCCCGCUGCUCGCCCCCAGGUCCGACUCGCGGGAUCCGCAUGGCGCGCUGGCGUCGGCGACGGUGCCGAUAUCGCUGGCGGGGGCCACGGCGCCUACGGACGUCAAGAUCCGCAUCGAUCCCGCGGCGCUCGCCGCCAGUCGCGGGUUCGCGGUGGGCGACUCGUCGGAGGGCGACCUGCUUAUCCGCAUCGAGGUCAUCCGCGCCGCCACCGGCGACUUCGCGCCGUCCAACAUCAUCGGCAAGGGCGGCUUCGGUACCGUGUAUAAGGGCGAGUUGGAGGACGGCACCAAGGUGGCGGUGAAGCGCAUGGAGCUGGGUCACCUCUCCACCAAAGGCCUCUCCGAGUUCCAGGUAACGCAUCGCACCCCUGCUUGCUUCCCUAGCAUCGCCCCACCUAUCCGUCUGCAUUUCUCUAACGUGCUUUCGUCAUCCAUGUCCGCGUGCGUGGCGUGGUGGCGGUGCGUGUGCGUGCAGGCGGAGAUCGGCGUGUUGACGAAGCUGCGGCACCGCCAUCUGGUGGCGCUGCUGGGGUACGUCGUGGACGGCUACGAGCGGCUGCUCGUCUACGAGUACAUGCCCAAGGGUCCGCUGAGCCGGCACCUGUUCGACCACCAGCGCCUGGGGCUGCGGCCGCUGGACUGGCGCACGCGCGUGUCGGUGGCGCUGGACGUGGCGCGCGGGCUGGAGUACCUGCACGGGCUGGCGCGCGCGUCGUUCAUCCACCGCGACAUGAAGCCGAGCAACGUGCUGCUGGACGACUCGUUCCGCGCCAAGGUCUCGGACUUCGGCCUCGUCAAGCAGCAGCAGCUCGGCGGCAUCGACGGCUACCAGCCCUCCAUCGAAACCCGCCUCGCCGGCACCUUUGGCUACCUCGCCCCGGAAUAUGCAGUGACGGGCAAGGUGACGACCAAGUCGGACGUGUACAGCUACGGCGUGGUGCUCAUGGAGCUCGUCACGGGCCGACGCGCGCUCGACUCGAGCCAGUCCGAGGACACGGUGCACCUCGCCACGUGGCUGCCGCCGCACAUCCCCGACCGCCAGAAGCUCGCUCUCGUGGUGGAUCCGACGCUAGCAGCGGAGUCACCGACGGUGGUGGGCGGGGAGGCGGGCAGCGGGGUGACGGUGUUCGAGUCCAUCUGCGCCAUGGCGGACCUCGCGCUGCACUGCACCGCCAGGGACCCCAAGCGACGCCCCACCAUGAGCGAUGUUGUUGCCGCGCUCGUGCCCCUCGUGCAGCAGUGGAAACCCCAGGAUCCGUUGGAGGACCAGACGGGCGGCAUCGACAUGGCAAUCAGCCUGGCGGACGCGCUGCAGCAGUGGAAGGAGAUGGGCGAGGGCGACGAGCUGCCUGGCGCCUACAACCCUGAUGACAGCUUCUGCGCUGACUGCAGCCCCAGCUUUGAUGGGUUGGGCGCUGUUGCUGCUGCAGGGGCGUGCGCCAACGGGUGCUGCAAGGGCAAGAAGACGGCAGGCGAGGAGGGUGAGGGGUCUGCAAACGACAAGGCAGGGGAGAAGCUGGGUGCAGGGGCCAAGAACGUGGGGGCGUUUGUGAGUGGUGACCUGGAUGAGGCGGCGACACUGGGUGCUGGCAGUGGCAAGGGAGGCAAGGUGGUGCUGGUGGAGUAUAGUGGCAAGAAGCCCAGUGCAGGAGAGGCAGCAGCCACAGCAGCCAAGCUAGGCGAGGUGCUCAACGGGCUGUCGGCGCCAGGCAUGACUUUGGAGGAGCAGUAUGCAGCAGAUGGCUCUCCAGGCAGGGCAGACCUCAGUGUGGCCAGCAUUCCCACGUUUGUGCCGGGUGCAGCUGUGGUGUCUGCCAGACUCUCUCACCUGUCAGCUAUGGCAAACCGUCUGCCAAUGAGGUCGUUGGUCCCUCUGUCUCUGCUGCUGCUCGUUGCGUCGGCGGCCAUGCAGCGAGCAGCAGCGCAGCCUCCGUUGGACUACCGUGACGCGCUCGCAAAGAGCAUUCUCUUUUUCGAGGGGCAACGGUCGGGGCGACUGGAUCCGCGCACCAACCGCGUGCCAUGGCGCGGCAACUCGGGCCUGCAGGACGGCGCACGCAACAAUGUGGAUCUGGUGGGCGGGUACUACGACGCGGGCGACAACGUGAAGUUCGGAUUCCCCAUGGCGUUCACGGUGACGGUGCUGUCAUGGGCCGUGGUGGAGUACGGUGCACAGCUGCAGGUGGCGGGGCAGCUGGACGAGGCGCUGGACGCCAUUCGGUGGGGCACGGACUACUUCCUCAAGGCCAACACCGGGCCCACGGAGCUCUGGGGGCAGGUGGGCGAUGGCAACUCGGACCAUGCGUGCUGGCAGCGGCCUGAGGACAUGACAACAGACCGCACGGCAUACAAGAUCGAUGCUCAGAACCCCGGAUCCGACCUCGCCGGCGAGACUGCUGCCGCUCUCGCUGCCGCGUCCCUUGCCUUCAGGGGCCGCAACAACUCGUAUGCCAACACGCUCCAGUCACGCGCUCGCCAGCUAUUCGUGUUUGCAGACGAGUACCGUGGUGUGUACAGUGACGCCAUCCCCAUUGCGCAGAACUACUACCGCUCCUUCAGCGGCUUCCAGGACGAGCUGCUGUGGGCGGCAGCGUGGCUGUACCGCGCAACAGGUGAUGAGGCGUACCUGCAGUACAUACAGCGCAACGACGCUCAGCUGGGCGGCAGCACGCAGCAGCAGAACGAGUUCAGCUGGGACAACAAGUACGCGGGAGCACAGCUGCUGCUCACCGAGCUGCUGCUGACCGGUCGCAUCCCGUCGAGCUCGUCAGACCUGUUCAACCGCUACCGCCGCACUGCAGAGUUCUACGUCUGCAGCAACAUGCCCAACAACCCACUCUCCCGCACUCCCCGCACCCCAGGGGGGCAUCUGUACAUCCCGGGGCGCGGGGUGAACAACCAGUACGUGACCAACAUGGCAUUCCUGACCACUGUGCUCGCCGACACACUGCGGCGUGCCGGGCAGAACCUGCAGUGCGCCUCCACCACCUUCACACCGCAGCAGCUCCUCGCGGAGGCCAGGCGCCAGGUGGACUACAUCCUGGGGCGCAACCCUCAGGGCCUGUCGUACAUGGUGGGCUUCUCCCCCUCCUUCCCCCAGCGCAUCCACCACCGCGGCGCCUCCAUCCCCUCCAUCUUCGCCGCCCCGCAGCAGAUCGGGUGCUCCGAGGGCUUCCGCUACCUCACCGCCUCCUCCCCCAACCCCAACGUGCACGUCGGCGCCAUUGUCGGUGGUCCCAGAGACGGGAGUGACACAUAUGCAGAUGACCGCACUGACUACAGCACGGCAGAGCCCGCCACAUACAUCAACCCUGGCAUGGUCGGUGCUCUCGCUCGCAUCGUUGGGGGCGGCUCUUCAUCAGGGCAGCCUCCUUCCACCCCGCCUCCUCCUCGUUCCUCCUCCCCUCCUCCUCCUCGUUCCUCCUCCCCUCCUCCUCCUCGUUCCUCCUCGCCUCCCCCUCCUCGUUCCUCUUCCCCUCCUCCUCCUGGUUCCUCCUCCCCUCCUCCUCCUGGUUCCUCUCCUCCUCCGUCCUCUCCCCCACCUCCUCGUUCCUCUCCCUCCCCUCCUCCUUCAACCACCCCUUCACCACCAUCACCGUCACCUCCGGUCACGCCCAGCCCUCCCUCUGCAGCCCGCAAGCACGCGGAGCGCCUCGCCCCGGGCUCCGAGGGAGAUCUUAACGGUUCCUCUGGCGCUCGCGAUAACGGCGCGGGGGAAGGGGUCGGAGCUGGGGAAACGGCGGGCGGGGGGUUGGGGGACAGCCUGUUCGCAGCGCUGCGGCUGAUGACUCCGAGCCUGGACCGCGAGCGCGGCUCGUACGGCGUUCGCGAGGCGGCGCUGGGUCGCUGCUUGGCUGACGCCAUUCCCCUGGCGCGCGGGUCGGACGAGGCGCGGCUGCUGGAGGACUGGCAGACGGGCGGGCGCGGCCACGUGGGCGAGAACGCUGGCAACUUCGUGAAAGUUGCGAUGGAGGUGGUGGCGAGUCGGCAGCUGGAGUCAAGGAACGAGCUGACCAUCGCCGGUGUGAACGCGCUGCUCGACGACCUCGCUGCUGCCGGCCCCAGGUCCUGCCGCCCCUCGCUUCGCGCAGCGCACUUACCCUCUGCACCCACGCCUUCGCUCUCCCCUUUCAUUGCGCAAUCCAUCUCUCUCUUCCAACCCCCCCUUUUCCAGCGCUUCCCCACACCCCUCCCAGCCUCCGGUCACUGCUUGCGCUCUCUGUUUCGGUUUCCCUGUCCCCUUGCUUGUUGCUCUCGCCUCCUCACUGCCCUCGCCACCCCUGCAACUAUGAGCAGGGAGGCGAAGGUGGCAGUAGUGGAGCGGAUGAUAAACACCACCAACCCCACGCAGCUCAAGUGGAUCCUCCUCAUCAUCCUGCAAGGCCUGCACUUCGGCAUGAGUGACAAGUCGGUGCUGCGCGCAUUCCACCCCGACGCCGAGGACGUCUUCAACCACACCUGCGACCUGCGCCGCCUCUGCCACUCCCUGCCCUCCCGCGCCGUCCGCGCCAAGCGCCAGGACAUAGAGCCAGGGAGUGCAGUGCGGCCACAGCUGGCCCGGCGAGUGGACACAGCAGACGCUGCUUGGAGCCUGAUGAAGGGCAAGGAGGCGGUGGUGGAGUGCAAGUUCGAUGGCGACCGCGUGCAGAUCCAUAAGAAUGGCUCCAUAAUCAACUUCUUCUCAAGGUGUAUACUGGACGGGGAGAUGCUGGCAUGGGAUCGAGUGAACAACAAGUUUGUGGAGUUCGGAUCCAAUCAAACAGCAGGUGCGCCCUUCCUGCCCACCCACUGCCUUCGUGCAUGUCUGCUCCACGCUACUACAUCGCCUCAUCGCACACGUCCCAUCGCCAUGCUGUUUCGCCCACACACACCCACCCACUUUCUGCGCGCUAUCUGCGUGUCCUCCCCAUUCUUCCUCCGUGCUUGUCCUCCACCGUCUCUGCUGGCGGACCCCACGUGUGCAGCCAAGGAGGCACGAGACGGCGGCAACAGUGACAUCCAGUACGUGUUGCCAUCGCUCUUCAUGCACGUAUCCUUGAAUCUCCUUGCUCUUCCACAAGCCCUCUCAGCGCAGCACCCUACAUCACCCCUUCCAUUCCUCCUCCGUGCCCCCAUCCCAUGUGUGGCAGACGUGGCGUUUGACAUUCUGUACCACCGGGACGGCAGUGUGAUCCACUAUCCGCUCAAGCGCCGCCACCAGCUGCUCAAGGAGGUCGUGCUCCCCAAGCCACACCGCCUAGAGCUGCUGCUGCCGCCCGACCCUCGCUCCUCCAACAUCUCCCCACGCGCUCCUGGUGCCUCCUGGUCCUCCAUUCGCCCUUCUCUCCCCGUCUCCAGUCCCUUUUCUCCCCCACCUGUUACACCCUUCUGUCUUCCUCACGUUCUCCUGGACGAGGGAGUGGUGGUGAAGGACCUGCAGUCGCCGUGGGAGGCGGGUGACCGCUCGUCCAAGUGGCUCAAGCUCAAGCCCGACUACAUGGAUACCGGCGCUGAUAUCGACGCCCUUGUCAUGGUUUCACUGCACAUGCCCUGUUGCUAUCUGAUCACAGCGUCUGCGCCUAUUUUGGAUCCAACCGCCGCGGAGGAGAGCCUAGUGUCAUUCUGUCGGGUGGGGGGAGGCAUGACAGAUGACGACCUGGCGGACCUGAGGGAGCGCCUGCUGCCCGUGCUGCAGCUGAACGAGAGAAGUCAGCCCCCCCCGCCGCUGUACGCUGUGACCAACCACGCCAAGGAGCGCCCAGACGUCUGGGUCUCUGACCCCACCAGGUCUGUGGUGUUGCAGAUUCGCGGUGACAUCCGAGUCAUACAGACCGAGGUGUUUCAAGCGCCUCGCUCGCUGCGCUUCCCCCGUGUCACCCGCGUGCGCCAUGACAAGCCCUGGUGGGACUCGCUCGACCUGCCAGAGUGGCAGCGCAUCGUGCAGGAGAGGGAGGAGCAGCGCAGCCGCGCACUCAAGGACAGAGAGGCGGCCAGAGGCACGGGGGGGAAGGGGCAGGGGCGAGGGAAGGGCAAGGGCAAGGGGGCGAGGAGGAAGAGGGCGGUGGAGGUACCAGCGUUCAUGAGGCCCGUGAACACCGGGCUGUUUAUGGGAGGGGCUGCACAGCACCCUGUGGGGGGCUCGGCCGAGCCCUUCUUUUCCGGCUGUAAAUUCUACGUGGUAUCGGUCCCCCCGGGCGUGCAGCAGAAAGUGGUGCAGCAGCAGGUGGUGAGGCACGGGGGAGAGGUGCACGCCAAUCUCAGCCGCGCUGUCACCCACGUAGUCGCAGGCUCCGCAACAGGGGGGUUUCGUCUCAAGGCGGCUGUAAAUGCAGGAGAUGUGCUCACAUACGAUUGGCUACAGGAGUGCCUGCAAGCGCGAAAGCUCAUUCCACCCAAGUCCAAGCACUACGUGCACCGGUCUCCAAGCACAGUGCAGCAGCAGCAGCAGCAGAUGGACGAGUUCGGGGACUCGUACACAGAUGACAUUGCUGACGCGCUGGAGCUCAAACAGCUUUUUGCCAAGGUGUCUGAGGCAGCAGUCAAAGCAGUACCGAGUGGUGACUUGGCGGUGCAGCGCCGCAAGCUGUGUGUGGAGUCGGGUGCGGUGCACACUUGCAUCUUCCAAGGGGUCGUGCUCUUUGUGCUGCCGUGCCUUCCCGCCCUGCACCACCAGCACUCAUGGGCGGGGUGGCAGCAUGUGAGUGAGGUGAUGGCAGGGCGCAGGGCAGCACUGGAGGUAGCAAUGGGGGGAGGCACUGUGGAUGCAAGGCUCUCAACGCAUGUCACGCACCUGCUGCUGCCGUCAUGCCUCGCUUCCAUUCGACACGAGGAUGUGGGAGCUACUGUGAAGCUGUAUCAAGACAGCCUCACAGCAUCGCAGCUCGCUCUUCUCUCUCGUGUCCUGUCAGUGCAUGCGCCAGCCACGCCUGCACCACCGCCAGCACCAACACAAGGAGAAGCAGCAGCAGCAGCAUCGCCACACCCCCGUGCCUCUACCCAGCAGAAUCCGGCACAUGUUCCACGGGUGGUCACGGUUGCAUGUGUGGAGAAGCGGCUACAGGGGCAGGGGGAGGAGGGGCCGUGGGAGGGCUUUGGAGGACCCAGCUGUCCUGCUUUCCUGGAAUCUUCUGACAGCGAUGGGGGGGAGAUUUGGAAGGACGAGGAUGGGGGGAGCAGCACUGACUCAGAUGGUGCUGGUGAUGCCGGUGCCGGUGCUCAUGCUGAUGCUGAUGCUGAUGGUAGUGAUGGUGGUGAAGAGGAUGAAGAUGAGGACGAACAAACCACGGAUGAUGAGGACGGUGGGUCCGAGGCAGGAGCGGUGCAGGAGUCGAGGUUGGAGGGGGUGGAUGCAGCAACACAGCAGUGGGAGGACGAGAUGAGUGUGUGUGAAAAGAGAAUUAUCACCACAAAGGAUGAUGUAACUGGGGUGAGUGGAUCGCAGUCUCUUGUACGUGCGACAUCAGCCAAAAGCUUGAGUCAACCAGGAACAGUUCCAGGCACAAGUGGGGUGGGUGAGGCAUGUGCAAGUGAGUGCAAGGAGCACGAGCAGCAUGCGAGCAAGCGAUUUCGGGGAGAGGAAAGGCAUGGUGAUGCGGAGUUGGUUGGAGUAACACGAGACACAGCUCAGGGCAGCAGGGAGGUGGGAGAUGAGUGGAAGGAGGGAAGCCGAGAGAAGUUGAGGAAAAAAGUGAUGGACAUGAAGAGUGCAGAGGAGAGUGAGGAAGCAGGGAACAGAGAUGCUGUUGGGGAUGGUCCAGAAAAGGUUGAGGAGCAGAGAACUGAGAAAAUGGAUUCAGUGAGGGUUGAUGUCGACGACAAGACGAACGAGAUGUUUGAUUUUUUUUUCGGUUAG